AUGGCGUUCCCACGCCUUUUCAAGGCACUUGCUGCCAUCACACUCGCUUCAUCCAUUCAAUCAGUCGCAGCUGGCAGCUCAGACUCUGUCUGCUCGCAAGCAUCAGAAUGCGUUCCUUUCGUUAUCGAUCUUACCUGGGCCCCGACAGACCCAAGCAAAGGCAUUUCCAGAAAUGCCAUCUUGACCAAUGGCUCGCUGCCAGGUCCCCCUCUGAAGUUGAAGGUCGGCGAUUGUGUCGACUUCACCGUCAACAACAACCUACCAAAUGUCACCGGCAUCCACUUCCAUGGUAUCCGACAGAAUGGCACCCCGUGGUCGGAUGGUGUCCCCGGUAUCAGUCAAUAUGUUAUCCAACCAGGCACAUCCUAUCAGUACCAAUGGGCGGCAGAGGAGUCGGGGACGUACUUCUACCACGCCCACUACAAGGGGCAGAUGAUGGACGGUCUCUAUGGUGCCAUCCUCAUUGCCCCCGCCGACGAUGCCAAGACUCCUUUCAGCCAAAUCGACUCCUCCGCCGUUGAUGCCUUGACUGCCGCGUCCGAGGCUGUUGAGCCCGUCUUCGUCUCAGACUGGAACCGAUACACCUUUGACGAGUUUUUUGCUGUCGAAAAAGCCGCCAACAUUGAUUGGGCCUGCAGUGACUCCAUCACGUUGAACGGCUUCGGCUCCCAGUACUGCCCCUCCGCCGAUUUCCUCGCCGCUUCUGCCGCUCCUCAAGAGUCCUUGAUCCUGAACGGCACUACCCUGACUGCCAAGGGCUGCGCUCCUCCCAACAACCCGGUCAUCCAGGGUGGUCAAUACAUCGCACAGCAGAACCUCGCGGCUCUGCCCGCUGAUGCCUACAACACCUGUAUCGGAUAUGGAGGCGCCAACUAUACCACUGUGGUUGACGCUUCCAAUGGCUGGCAUGCGUUCAGCUACAUCAGCUCUGCUGGUAUUGCCAUUGUCAAGGUUUCCAUCGACAGCCACAAGCUGUACAUCUACGAAGUCAACGGUAACUACAUCGUCCCCCAGGUGGUCGACCAGUUCAGCUUGAGCAACGGUGAUCGUGUUUCGUUCUUCGUCAAGCUUGACCAGACCCCUGGCGACUACACCAUUCGCGUCGCGAACGAGGGUAUCAACCAGGUCAUUUCUGGCUUCGGUGUCCUGUCGUACAAGGGCGGAAAGAGUGCGGCUGUGGGAAUUGCCACCCAGAACUACGGCAGCCAGAACACCACGACCGUCGUGCCAUUCAACCCUGGCCUUGCUGCGCCAUACCCUCCCAACACACCCGCCACAUCGGCGGACCGAACCUUCGUCCUUGACAUCCAGAAGUCACCCGUCCAACCGACCGAGGCUUGGGCCUGGACUCUCUCCGGAACGGACUCGUACAACCAGACCAACGAUGACACCCAACCCCCUCUGCUGUGGCAGGACGUGUCUCAGAUCCCCGCCAGCGACCUCAUCCUGGAGACCUACAGCAAUGAGUGGGUUGAUCUGAUCAUCAAGGUCUCCGGCCCAGUGGCCGAGCCGCAUCCCAUCCACAAGCACGCCAACAAGUUCUACAUGAUCGGUGCCGGCGUCGGCGACUUCAACUUCACCAACACCGCCGAUGCGAUCGCCGCCGGAUAUCCCAUCAACACGCAGACACCGCCCUACGUGGACGGCUUCACCAGCCAACCCGCCGAAGGCAACGGCACGUGGAUGAUCUUCCGCUACCAGGUCAACACCCCCGGUGCGUGGCUCCUGCACUGCCACGUCCAGACCCACUUCUCCGGUGGUAUGGCCGUCGCCAUCCUCGAUGCCGUCGACAACUUCCCCAAGCCGCCCUCGGACGUCGGCAAGGUCUGCCCCAGCAACGGCAAGAGCAACUACCCCAGCCUUGGCGGCUCGUCCAGCUCCUACAGCGGCGGCACCGGCACACAGAACGAGGGUGUCUCUACGACGAGCACCACCGGGGUCGCCUCGUUCACGGGCGCGGCUUCGUCGGUACAUGUGUCAUUCGCGAGCAUGGCGCUUGGCCUGCUCGCUUUGGCGUUUGCCAUGUAA